GUCAUAGUUCACCACAGACGCUCUUCGGUGAGCAUGGCUUCCGAUGCUGGGAGUCGAGGUGGUUCAUUGCACCGGCCGCCGCGCUGGGCAACAAGGGUUCUCACGAGCUCAGCGUUUUUGAUAUUCAAUGUGACGUUCAUUACUCUCAACACCUUUUGGUUGGGUUUCCAAGCAGAUGGUCUUGUGAUGCGCGAGCAGGAAAUCAUUGAGAACAUGAAUGUUUACUAUGUGAUCGAGAGCAUUUUCACAGGCCUCUUCCUGGUGGAGCUGCUACUCCGCCUUCGGCACUUCGCAAAGUGGCAGGUGUGGAAGGAUCCCUUGCUUCUUCUCGAUACCGUGGUGAUUGUGAUUCCUGCACUGGAAAUUUGGGUAUAUCGUCCAUGGACGCGGCAAUUUCCUGUUAUCUCCAUCACCGCGAUGAGUCUCUUCCGAGUCUGCCGAAUUGCUCGAGGCAUUGUGAUGCUGGCCAGCAUCAAGUGGCUCCGACCUCUUUACCUCUCUGCAGUUGGUCUCAAGCACUCGCUGAGCUACUUACUUGUGAUGACCAUGUAUAUGGCUAUCAUGUUGUUUGCUGCUUCUGUUUUGAUUUGUCAGCUCGUUGGACCUAGCAGCCUCAUCCAUGACGGUCUUCCCACCGAGAUUCGCGCUCGCUUCUGCUCUGUGGCUCAUACGUACCUCACGUUGAUUGAGUGCCUGCUGGGAGGCGUUGAGUGGGGACCACAGCUUGCAGAUCCCCUACUUUUCGGCGUUGGUACUGCGAUCAGUGGGAUGGUUUUGUUCGCCUUCCUCACGUUCGGUGUGAUGCUGUGGCUGAACAUUGUCAAAGGCGUUUUCGUUCAUCAGGUGGACCAGUCUUUUGAGCUGACAAAUGUCACGAAGUUCAAGGAUCCUGAGCUCCAGCAGCUGACCCAGGAGCUGCUCAAGGAUUUCGUGAAGUCCAUUUAUGCCAUGGACGAGGAGAAAACUGGCGCCAUCUCGUUCAGGGAUAUCUCUGCUGUCUUGCCUCACCACCUGGAAGAUCUGGCAGAUGUUGGGGUAGGUUUGCCGGAAGCGAAGAAGAUUUUCAACGAGUUGGACACAACUUCUACAGGAUAUGUAUCUAUCCCACUGUUUAUCAGCCGGGUGGAAGACUACAUGAAGUACAAGCCUGUUGAGGUCCUAAUUUUUGAAAACCAACAGUUCAGGCUUUUGCAUAUGAUCAAGAAGUUGGGAAAACGUAACAUGAAGAACCUGACGAAGGUGUGCCAAAACCUUGAGAUCAUGGCAUCCAACUUGGCGCAGGCCUUCGAAGGCCAAGAUGAAAUGCCGGCCGCUGUGAACGAGCAAAUUGAGAAGCAGCAGCGCCGGGUACGUUCAUCUGCUAUGGUGUCCACUGCGGAAGCAGCCAGGGAGCUGGAUGACAAGAUGCUUUCGAACGAUGUCUCGCCAAGAAUUCCUCCGAAGGGUCCUGUGCCGCUGAUUGAUAGCCAAAAUUUUAUCAUCGAUCUCUGGGAUCAGUCACUGCAGAAGCAUCGUGCGGAAGUGAAGGAGCUCAUAGACACAAGCGUCCGUUUGACAAGCCUCUAA